AUGAUAUGGAAGACCAUCAGUUUAAUUACAAUUCCUCCUUUAUGCGGAUCCUGGACAUCUCUGUGGUAUCUCUUUCUCAUCUUUCCCUCAGUCAUCUGUACCAUGUUUCACACCAGUGGUUAUGACACACAAGCCAUAGUUGAAAGCAAUGGAAGCACAGAAUAUGGACUCUUCCAGAUCAGUAAUAAGCUUUGGUGCAAGAGCAGCCAGGUCCCUCAGUCAAGGAAUAUCUGCGACAUCUCCUGUGACAAGUUCCUGGAUGAUGACAUUACUGAUGACAUAAUGUGUGCCAAGAAGAUCCUGGAUAUUAAAGGAAUUGACUACUGGUUGGCCCAUAAAGCCCUCUGCACUGAGAAGCUGGAACAGUGGCUUUGUGAGAAGUUGUGA